AUGCUUACCACAAAUCCCUCGGAAAAGGUAUACACUACAAUCUAAAUCCAUAGUCUGAUUCAUAUUAGGAAGGGAACAUUUUACAGACACAGGCUGUAAACCUGAGAUUUUUUUUACAUCGUCAUUUUCUUCAUGCUUUUAUUUUAGUUUAUUGUGGAUGUCAUUCUCCAAAAAAGUAUAAAUUAUAAAAAAAUGUCACAUUAAUAUGUAUAUUACAUAUGUUCUGCAAUCUACAAUAACUGAAUUUCUAUUUUUUAGGUCGAUUUCAUUAGAGCACCCCCAGCAGAACAAUUUGUGAAUGUUCCUGCUGGAGUGAAAUUUCCAGUGUGUCCUAAACAGCCUGUCCAAUUCUGUACCACCAAGCUCUCGGAAAAGGUAUUUAAUACUAAUCCAGACUAGUAAGCAGAUAUUUUCACGACAUUGUAUAUAUUGGUUGUUUUAUGCUAAUGAGUGUUCUUCAGAAUAGGUUUACAGAAUGAAUGCACAAAUGUUUUAUGUAAUAAUGUUUUUGCAGCUUUAUAAGCAAAGUCCAUCAUUUGACCUUGAAGAUCCAUAUUGUCGUUUGAUGAAGACAACCUACCAUAACCUGCAUGACCCGUACUUAAAAGAAUAUUACCAGAGUAAAGUACCUCGACAACGGAUACGUCAGCAGGGAUUUAUCACCAGUGAUGAUAAGGUAGGAUAAAAAAACAAAAACAAGCAACAUGCCUCUACCAUUUAAUUUUACACUAACAUAUUGCAUACAUAAAUUUAACUGAAUGACAUUGAAUUAAAAGAAAAUCUCUUGUUUAGGUUGUUUGCUCUUUAAAAGAGUACAAUGAGUACAGGGAGUACCUCUCAAGCAUACAUAGAAAAAAAAUGGAAAACGUAAGUUGGAUUCAGAUUUAUAGCAAAAACAGUCAACAUAGUAGACAAAGUGUAAUUUUCAGUGGCAUGAUAUUUAGCUACUCAAAUUAAAAACAAUUUUAAAAAGAUGAAUAAAUAAUAAUAAUCUGUUUGUUUUUUAGAAGUUGGAGAAACAAAGUAGACAAACGUCUUCUUCAAACUAA